GCUGAUUUGAACACCAAUAUUGAAGAUGAAUCCAGAUCUUUCUAUGGCGUUUCCAGCCAAUAUGAGAGCCCAGAGAACAUGGUCAUUACCUGUUCCACCAAAGUGUGUUCCUUUGGAAAGCAGGUGGUGGAGAAAGUGGAGACAGAGUAUGCACGCUAUGAAAAUGGACACUAUUCCUAUCGCAUUCACCGUUCCCCUCUCUGUGAAUACAUGAUCAACUUCAUUCAUAAACUCAAGCACCUUCCUGAGAAGUAUAUGAUGAACAGUGUGCUGGAGAACUUCACUAUCUUACAG